GAGCAAGCUUCAUUGCACCGUGAGACGCCUGUCCGUUACGUGCGGAUUUGUUUGCUCCACUUUUGCCGAAGAGGGCUCGUCGUGUCGCUGUGUAUCUUUUUUUUUUCGUUUUUUUGUCGUUGAAUACUUAAAAUUUUUUUUUUGAGUAUCACUUCGGGUUCCUCGUCCUGUUCGAAUAAUGGACACGAACCAGGCGCUUCUUUCGCCACCGGCCUCGCCCCAGCUCAAACACACGGAUCCAACGCAGUUAUCGUUUAGCGUCGCGUCUUUAUUGGGGGAGAAACUUGCGGUGAAAUCCGAGCGGAAAGACGAGCAAGAUGCGGGUUCGCGUCACGUUCUACCACCUACCCCACAGCCUUCCGAUUCGGAGGAGGACGAACCGAAUGGACGAACUCGAAAGCGACGACGCGUCGAACAUUGCGAACUGGCGAAGCUGUUGUUAGACGGCACGCCGCCACCAAGUCCGGAACCGGCCCGUGUUUCGGUAAUAAUGCGCGGCAAUCGAGACGGUACCUACAGUCCGGCUAAUUUCACGGGGGGUCUCACGACUAGCGGUCAGCCGGUGCCGCGCGAAUCGGCCGCGCGACAAUUGCCCAGUUCGUCAGCGAACGCGCGAGCGAGCGGGACGGAGCCGGUGAUAGACGUAUUACGCAACUUGAAAUUUAAGAUGAGUUUGCGCAAGGAAGAGAUUAUCGUGAACAGUAAGAACACUGAUCGUGAGAAUUAUCAGCAACAGCAACACUUACCGAGAUUGCAACCUUUGGCGCCUAAACCCGCGCCCAUUGUAGUGACGGGUUUGGUUCUGCCGCGAACGCCUCUUCUGCUUGUCGCUAGCGCGACACCGACAUCUGCCACAGCGACGACUACUGCGACGAGCACGGCCGCGAGCACGGAAACGCGUCGUCGCGUUUACGAGUGCGAGCAUCCGGGCUGCGGCAAGAACUAUUUCAAAUCGUCGCAUCUGAAGGCGCACACGCGCACACACACCGGCGAACGGCCGUUCCCGUGUCCCUACGAAGACUGCAAUCGUCGUUUCUCCCGUAGCGACGAGUUGUCGCGUCACAAACGAACGCACACUGGCGAGAAGAAAUUUGUCUGCGCCGUUUGUCAGAGGCGAUUCAUGAGGAGUGACCAUCUGGCGAAACACGUGAAACGUCACACCAGAGAUAAGUCCUCGUCUUCCGCUUCGAACGGUCAAAUUGCCGCCUCUCAGAUGACUUCGAUGCCGCUGAGAGUAAGCCUAUUACCGGUGCUGGCACCCCGACUGUCGCGACCGGUUCAGCAGUUGAUACCGCCACAAUUAGCGGCUUGAGGAAGAUACGCACGUGCGACUGGAGUCGCUUGAAGAUCGCUAUCGUCCGCGUGUCUUAAUCAGAAUUCUGGAUUGUGAUUCCCAGCACGCGAAGAAAACAAUUUCUUCGGGUUUGAGCGAGGACUGGAAGACGGAUCGAGUAUCAGAUACACCGAAGGAGAGGUUUGAAGACAACUAUAAAAGCACAUUGGACACAUGUUCUAAUUUAAUGGGCACGUGGUGUCCCUGCUGAUGAAUCUGGUUAACCGAAUUUUUCAACGAAGAAAGAAUAAAGUCAUACGUGAAAGACGAGAAGCGAAGUAAGCAGUACUUAAGAAAAAGCAGAGAUAUACGGUGAUGAUGACCACCGUCGGCAAAUCGAAUACCUAAGUGUGUCUGUGAUCUGUGACACGUGAAGGCUAGUGUGGCCGUUUAGUCGGGAGUUUUACCAUCACACUUACGGGAAGUCAGACUCGUACUCGCGGUGCACAUUCAGCGCUAAACACGUGCCAUAUGUUCUUUCAAGUCGGAAUAUACAUGCGUUGACGCUGAAUGUGGAAUACAAAAACGCGGAGCGUAAUUUGAUUGAUCGCUCAAUUCUUCGCUAGCCGAAGAAUUUUAACAGACAAUACAAAGUCUAAAAAAAAAAAAACAAAAACAAAAAAAAAACAAAUUGUAUUAUACACAAAUUUCUCGACUACUCUUUUUAGCAUCUGUUUUCCAUCUUUGUGUCGUUUACUUUCGUGAGAGCUGUUCUCGAUAAAUAGCACUCUUAAAGCGCAUACCAAAUUUCACGCGUGAAUCGAUUGAAAGGAGGAAAUAUUUAUUUAUGCGAAAACCGAUAUGUUGUAGUUAUAUAACGUGUAUAACAGAUAUAUGUACAGAUUUCCGAAAAACAUAAAUUCUCGACGAUUAAUUGUACAUAUUGAACGAGGAAGCGCAAGGGCGGAGACUCAGAUUGUGUGAAAACUGUUGUCGGUUAAACCGAUCGAUUCCCAAGGUUCUGCUGAGUCUAAAAACUAGAAUAGGAAAGAUGUUGAUUGUUUACAUACUUUAGAGUAAUCUAUAAAAUGUUAUUUCUUUCUUCUAGAGUUUAUUUAAUACCUUAUUUGCAAGUCGUGAUUGCAAUUACCGUCCCUAUGAGGAUUGUAUAUGUAUAUAUGUACAUGUUCAUUAUGUAUAUAACAUUGUGUGUGUGUGUGUGUGUGUGUGUGCGUGAGAUCGAUUGAAAAAUCUUCAUUCGGCAACUUUAAGACUUUAAUGUAUUGUUAAAGAUUUUUCUACAAUUAAAUAAAUUGUAUACUUUUUCGUAAA